UAAAAAAAGCAAAAAUGAAUUACUAAAUUUUAAUAAAAAGGAAGGAUACAACUGUAGUUUCCCUCAAAACACAAUUAUUUUGGCUCGAGGCCAGUACUCUCUCCAAUCUUCACUCCCCAAACAGAAUUCUCCGAAACAAUCUCUAUAUAUGGAUUCUUCGUUCCUAACCUCAUGAUUCUCGUUUUCUCAUUCUUCCCCUCCCCCCAACCAACCGUGACAGCAUCAAUUUCCGUUUCCGACACCCCCUCAACCGUCACUUCCCGCCACGUGUCACUCCCUCAUUCGCCCUCCUUUCGGCGCCUGUGAUCACCGCUAUCAAAACCCUCAACACCUCAACCUUUUCGAGUUUGUAACCUCUUUGUCACGUUUUCCUCGUCGCACAAACACCACACUACACUUUUGAACACUGAAAAUUGAGAUCGCAGAAGAAGAAUAUUAAUGGAGAUGGCUCAGGUUAAGGCACGAGCUCGAACUGCAUUGGCCAUGGCCGCUUCCGCAAGUUCACGGAAGAGAAGAAAAAUCUCGAUCAACAACAACUUCGUUCAAAUCAAGAGUUUGAGCAACGCAACCGUGCCGGCGACGGGGGAACGAAUCUCCGGGGAAUCUCCGGCGUCUUGCUGCUCCAGCAACGGAUCCGUCGACGAUGAAAACCGAAUCAUCAAAUUCUCAGAUCUAGAGGUUGAGAGCACGCGAGUUGUAACGUCGACGUGCGACUGCGGUGAACAACAACAACAAAUAAGGAGAGAGAUGAGUCUCACGAGCGAGCUUCGAAUCACGAAUUCUUCUUCGCAAGAGGUGGAUUCAGCGGAGGAGCAGAUCACCCAAACCAAAUCUUUGCCGCCGCAGAAAAUGCCGACGGAGUUGGAGCUCGAUGAAUUCUUCGCCGCUGCUGAGAAAGAUAUUCGGAAACGCUUCUCAGACAAGUAUAAUUAUGAUAUUGUGAAGGACGUGUCAUUGGAAGGACGAUACGAGUGGGUUAAAUUGAAGCCAUAAAAGUGAGAGUACCAACCUUGAAGGAAGGAAGGAACAAUAGAAGAACACGGUUAAUAAAAAAAUGCCACUUGCUGACAUUAUUCUUACGUUAAUUUACUUUAGGUACUUGAUUUUUCACUUCAAUUUUCCGUCUUUCACAGUAGUACUACGCUUUGUUUGGUGUACAGUUAAAUAUUAUUUUUCUUCUAUGGUUAUUUGUGUACGGUUUAUGAUAUAGUUAUACGGAGAAGCUAGUUCUGUGAAUUCCGUUGAGGGAGGUGACUAGCGAAAACGGUUCCUACAAGGCUGUAACAAAAUUGUAGUCUCAUUUUGCUUUCUUUGUGCUUUGCAAAUUGCAAUUCCCCCCUAAAAUUCGUGUCUGUUUCUCUUUUUUAACUUUGAAGAAGGGUACAUAAAAAAAAAAAAAGUCAGUGCCUGUUAUUUUCUCUU